GGCAGAAGCUACCCGGUGGCUCGCGGAAGAUGGCAGGGAGAAAAGUCCUGAUAGUCUAUGCGCAUCAAGAGCCCAAGUCCUUGAACGGAUCUUUGAAGAGGGUCGCUGUGGAAGAACUGAGCAAGCAGGGCUGCAGUGUCACAGUGUCUGAUUUAUAUGCGAUGCAGUUCGAGCCCAGAGCAACAAGAAACGACAUCGUGGGUUGCUUGCACAACUCAGAAGAGUUCAAUUACGGCGUGGAGGCAUGGGAAGCUUACAAGAGAGGAGGUUUGUCCAACGAUCUGAUUGAAGAGCAAAAGAAGGUGCAGGAAGCAGACUUACUGAUUUUUCAGUUUCCCUUGUAUUGGUUCAGCAUGCCAGCAAUCAUGAAGGGCUGGAUGGACAGAGUCUUGGUCCAAGGAUUUGCUCACGAAUUUCCAAACUGUUAUGAUUCUGGUUUGCUCAAGAACAAAUUAGCCCUAUUUUCUUUCACCACUGGAGGAAGCAGAGAGAUGUAUGCAAAAGGAGGUAUCAGUGGUGAUAUUCGCUAUCUCCUGUGGCCCAUGCAGCAUGGAAUCAUGCACUUUUGCGGUGUCAAAGUCCUCGCGCCUCACAUCUGCUUCGCUCCGGAGUAUGUCUCUGAGGAGAAGAGGAAGGAGAUGCUGGUUGCCUGGGCCCAGCGUCUGAAGACUCUUUGGAAGGAAGAACCCAUAAACUGCUCUCCUGAGUGGUAUUUCAAGUAA